CUUUUCUGAAAAGAAAUGGUUUUAAUAGGGUCUGAAUGGGGUCUGAAUGACUCUUUUCUGAAGAGAAAUUGUCGCAAUGGGGUUUGAAUGGAUACUUGAUGUACUUGAAUGGUAUCACGACUGGGAACGAACUUGUGGAAACGAGUUUGAAUCAGUGAUAGACGGGUGUAUGGCGUCCCUGGUAGUUCAAUUGAAGAGCCUAAUGCCUCAGUUGAAUGUGGUUAAGGGCAAGGAUAGGAAAUCACCAAUGUGAAAUUAAUUACCAUUGCCAAACAAUCACGAUGCCCGAUCACGACACUAAACCUACAAUGCUCAAACUACAAUGGUUAAAUUAAUGUCAGUAGAAGGUACGAGGGAUCGGAUGAAAUAAGGGCUGAGUCAGAAAAAGGCAUUGCAAAAAGAAGUUAUGAAAACUAGUUCGUAGAUUGACAGAAAAGAAUAUGAACUCGAGAGAUCGUGUGAUUUGGGUAUGUCGGAUUGAGGUGUGAUGAAAGAUGGUGAGCAUGGCAUGUAGAGUAAUCCGAUGCAUUAUUGCUGCUAAACUUACAGAAACGGAUAUUAAUACUAAAUUAAUUCUAUAAAGAAAGAAAGAAGAUAGUUAGCCAGCUAACUUAGAUUUAAGAAAGUGAGAUGAGGAACUGGGGUAUCAACGGGAUGAUUACAUAAAUGAUUUAAGUUAUUAACAUCGAUGGAUUGGGCCAAUUUUUUGAAAGUGAUAAG